AUGGCUGAUAUUGGUGCAAUAAUUGAAAUGCAACGAGUUUUACAAAAUCUGCAUCGAUCAUCGUCGAAUGCGAAUGAUUUUGCGUACGAUAAGUAUCACACCAUUGAAGAGAUUCAUGCAUGGGUUGAUCAAAUCGUUGCGACUUAUCCGGAAAUAGCCACACCAUUUACCGUCGGGAAAUCAUAUGAAAAUAGAGAUAUGAAAGGCUUCAAAAUUUCAUCCAAGAAGAUGGCAACAAAGCGUGAUGGCAUCAAAGCCAUCGCAAAAAAGGCUGUUUGGUGGGAUGGAGAUCGAUUAUGGCGUAAAACUCGCAGCAAAACAUCAGCUCCGCUCUGUUUUGGUGCUGAUCCGAACCGUAAUUGGGAUUAUGAUUGGUGUAGUAGAGGUGCUUCGUCUGAUCCUUGUUCGGACACUUUCUGUGGCGAGAAAGCAUUUUCUGAAAUUGAAACAGCUCAAGUAGCUAAAUUCAUCGCUAAUCAACAGGGUACACUGGUUCACUAUAUCAAUUUUCAUUCGUACUCACAAUUAUGGAUGUCACCAUGGUCUUAUACAACUCUUAGAUCACCACAAUUCAAAUUACAAGAUGAUGGAUCUAUCCAAGCUAUCAAUGCACUAACCGGUGUGCAUGGCACACAAUAUCAACAUGGCACUAUUGCUCAAAUUAUCUACGCUGCAUCUGGUAGUACAGUCGAUUGGACCUAUGGUAUAGCCAAUGUAACAUUUAGCUAUGGUGUCGAACUUCGUGAUACUGGUAAAUAUGGAUUUUUACUUCCCGAAAAUCAAAUCAUUCCAAGUGGUGACGAAACAUUGGCUGGCCUAGUAUCCUUACUUCAGUACAUCGAACAACACGUCUACGCUUGA